UUGAAAAUCUAAGCCUGCUGACGCUAACAUCCAAAGCAAUGAGGAAUCUGAUUGAGGGCUACAGAGUGACACGAUUUGCUGGGCUACAUGGCUGCUCCUACAAGGAUAUACAUGGUCAGUUGUCUGUGGAGCAGCAGGCUGCAAUGCUGAACUUAUACCAUAAACUGGGAUUAUUAAUGAAACGAUCAACUUGCUUGUAUGCAACCAAAGACAGACUCAAGAUUGUUAAUGAGUUUUUGACCAGGAUGGCCUGCAGCAACAACUCAGAUAUAUGCAAAGAUCAGUCCAGGUGUGUUGCUCUGCUGUGUUUUGGCAAAUUCCUGCACACAGUGAUAGCUGGCUGGGACGACAGUGAGUGCCAGCGAGCCUUUGAAGCUGUCUGCCAACACAUGUGCAUGCCUAGAUAUGUCAAGACUGUGGUGGCAUCCAAACCAGGUUCCCACUGUCACCUAGAGGCCACAGUUCGACACUUCUAUAGACGGAUUUUCCUAGAUCCUUGUAUCACUACUCCAGAUAAAGCUUUCUGGAUCACUAGAAUAUUGAAGCCUUGGCCUAUUGUGUUCCAAGCCAGAUUGUUGUAUAUUCUCUAUGCCGGUCAUUUCUCAUCUGGAGCCAUCCAGUGGCAUGAGAUGAGUGAAACAACACCUGCAGACAAAGAGCAUGCAUCUUUAUUUUUUGGAAGCGUCUCCAAUAUUCUUCAGAUUCUUCACCUCCACAGUACAGAGUGGUCAGGCGAUGAAAUCCUUUGUAUUAUUGAUGAGAUGACAGGUACUCCUGAGGACUGGUUGAUUGAAAAUGUUGCAGGAUUAUUACUAGCUUGUGGAGAAUGCAUUGCCACAAAGAUGCUUGUCAGCAAAGCUAUCAAUGGCAGAUUCUUAGAGCUGGCCAGCAUUAUUGCAUCAUUAUGUUUGGUGUGUGUUAAACAUAACUACAGUCUCACUCAGGUGAUGGCAAUGCUGGAUUGUAUACUGGGUGUCAUAGAUACACCAAGGGCCCGUCUGACAUUCCUCAACAGAGUCUUAGACACUUUCAGAGAGCUGAUCCUGGACACACAUGAGUUUACAGAUGCAGAUGAAGGCAACGACAAUGAGUUCUUCUACCAUGUAUCAGCUCUGACAGAGUUUACCAAGGAACUAGCUCAGCUGGCUUACAAGCAGAUUCUAAGCCACUAA